AUGCGCUUCACACUACCUUGUUCCCCGAGCCUACUCUGUAUCGAUCGAUUUAGUCUCCUAGAAUCAGAAGCAUACGAAGUCCCAUUUUGGCAGAUCUUCAGAGCCGCAAUUACAGCCCGAAUUGAAGGAUGGGGCGACCUCGUCGGGCUAUUGGAAACUAUUGCAGUCACUCUUCAUUCGUCGAGUCUCCGAGACUACGACACUCUGCGCGGUUUUCUGCAAGAUGAAUGGGCUUCAAAAGAAACCCACUUUUUCACCGAAGUGUGGCCAGAGCUAGUGCGGUUGGCUUUAGAGAUGCCUCAGCUAUUCCCUGAGAGUUCUCUCCUUUGCCUCUCCGAAGAACAUCGCGAGCUGGAGUUGUCAAGACGACAAGUUGGGUGCUUAGUCAUCCACCAAUUCCUCUGCUCACUACCUAAACAGCCAUGGGCUACAGACAGUUCCCAGGACUUUCGAAUUUGGUACUCGUAAGGCUCCAGACACUUACUGGCAACCCG